AUGUCGGGCGGUCAAUCAAUCCACGGCCUUACCGGCAAGGCGCUGAUUUACUUUACGAGUAUCUUCGUAUCGUUAGGCGUCUUCCUGUUCGGCUAUGAUCAGGGAGUAAUGUCCGGUAUCAUCACCGGCGCGUACUUCUUGAACUACUUCAAUCACCCCUCCAGUCUCGAGAUUGGCACCAUGGUUGCCAUUCUCGAGAUUGGUGCAUUGAUUUCCUCCCUCAUUGUUGGUAAGGUCGGAGACAUCAUCGGCCGCCGCAAGACGAUUCUAUACGGCUCCAUCAUCUUCUUCAUUGGCGGUGCCUUCCAGACAUUCGCCAACGGCAUGCCCAUGAUGCUGCUGGGUAGAAUCGUUGCCGGUCUCGGUGUCGGUGCCUUGUCCACCAUUGUGCCUGUCUACCAGUCCGAGAUCUCCCCUCCCCAUAACCGUGGAAAGCUCGCCUGCAUCGAGUUCUCCGGCAACAUCAUCGGUUAUGCCACCUCUGUCUGGGUCGACUACUUCUGCAGCUUCAUCGAAAGUGACUUGGCGUGGCGUAUUCCUCUGUUGAUGCAGUGUGUGAUGGGUGCUCUGCUCGGCCUCGGCAGCCUGGUUAUCGUAGAGUCUCCAAGAUGGCUUCUCGAUAAUGACCACGACGAGGAGGGCAUUGUCGUCAUUGCCAACCUCUAUGGCAAGGGUGAUAUCCACAAUCCCAAGGCCCGCGAGGAGUACCGCGAGAUCAAGAUGAACGUCCUACUCCAGCGCCAGGAAGGCGAGCGAACCUACGCCGAGAUGUUCCGACGAUACAGCACCCGUGUGUUCAUCGCCAUGUCGGCCCAAGGUCUUGCCCAGCUCAACGGCAUCAACGUCAUCAGUUAUUACGCUCCCAAGGUUUUCGAGUCUGCUGGCUGGGUUGGGCGCAAUGCUGUGCUCAUGGCUGGUGUCAACUCAAUCACCUAUUUCCUGUCCACCAUUCCCCCGUGGUACCUCGUUGACAGGUGGGGCAGACGUCCUAUCUUGCUCAGCGGUGCAAUCGUCAUGUCGGUUUCGUUGUCUUUGAUUUCAUACUGGAUCUACCUGGACAUUCCCGCAACGCCCAACCUGGUUGUCAUCUUUGUCAUGAUCUACAACGCAGCAUUCGGCUACUCGUGGGGCCCUAUCCCCUGGUUGUACCCCCCCGAGAUCCUGCCUCUCAGCAUUCGCUCCAAGGGUGCAAGUUUGUCUACCGCGACCAACUGGGCUUUCAACUGGCUGGUAGGAGAAUUGACGCCCAUCCUGCAAGAUUACAUCAAGUGGAGAUUGUACUUGGUGCACGCUUUCUUCUGCGCUGUCAGUUUCGUCGUGGUGUACUUCAUCUACCCCGAGACUUGUGGAGUCCGUCUGGAGGAGAUGGACUCACUCUUCGGCGACGCGAGCACGGUCAUCGGCACCCCGUCCGUCCAUGCGGCCGAGACCGGCUCUCUUAUGCCCGGCUCACCGGUUGGCUCCUACCGCGGACGACCCGCCUUCACAGCCCAGAACGCCAUUCCUGGCCUGUCGCUCGACCCGCCCGACAUCCCCGACGGCAAGGGCCAGGACGGCGAGGCCAGCAGCACCAUCAGCGGAUGGGUGUCGAGGGUUGUCAGCCGCACGCGGAACCAGAGCAGCAGCGGCAGCGGCAGAUAUGCUCCGGUCAACCAAGACGACUGA